UGUAAACAGUGGUGUGCUCGUCUUGAAUGGUAUCACCACUGGUAAAUUUUGCCGUUGAAUCGGAAUUUGAUCGAGGCGUUAGAUCCGCAAAUUGGGGGAUAAUUCCCUGGAUAACAUUGUUCCCGGAGAAAUCCAUUCUGCCGCGGAAUGUUAAGCGUCUCCAGGAUUAUAACAUGCGAUCGGUUAUAACCUCUAGUAUCAGCCACACAGUGGCAGUGACCGUUAAACCACGAUCACGUGACCAGGUUCAUAUUUUGUUUGUCACGUAAAAUAACAAACUACUUUUCCGUUGCAGCAUCAGUGAAAAACACGAGACCACUAAUUAAAUUAAAAAACACUUCUCCACCGAUAGUACAUCGUAACGUACGCCGCGUCCUAUGCGCUACUCCAACAUGGCCGCGUUAAAGCACUAUUCCCCAUAUAAUUUUCCACUGAUUGAAAUUUCAACGAGUAACAUUUAAAAUAUAUCUUUACGACGCUUCUGUAUACUUACAGUAUAAGAGGACGCACACUAAACUUCAAACGCUGGUAUAAAAAUAAACAUUUCACUGGGGAAUUUUGAAAUCGAAUGAGACAAGUUCGAUGGUUUGGAGUAAUUAAAGAAUGGUCAAUAAUAUUCGACGAAUUGUUAACGAAUGAGAUGAAGAAUUGUUAACAAGGGUAAAUAUCUGAUAAUCAUAUGGAGCAAAGCUUCAAUGAAUGCAUAGAUCAUUUACGUAAAAAAAGCAGACUUCUGCUGGCCCGGGUAGAUAAGAAUUCUAGGAGAGUUAAAGAGGAAUAUAAGAAACUAUACUCACAGAACUUAACAUUAAAAGACAAUUAUAAUAAAGGCAAUAAAACUUCAUGCCGCAGAGGAAACAUCAAGUCAUGGCAAUUGAGAAAUGAUUCCAGUGGUGUUGGUGGAGCUUUAUGUCUAGAUUAUAGUACUGAUAGCUCAGACCAUUCGCCUGCAUCAAUGCCUAAUUUAUCAACAGUUAGAAGAGUGCUGAUAACAUCGAAAAAGCAUUCGGAACCGCAAUGCUGUCUAAAAACUGUACGCAGGAAGCCAGUGAAAGAAUGCUACUGCCAUUCUGAAGUUAAAAAGGCACAGCGGUCUACGAGAACCCAACAUAAGCCAGACACAGCUUGCAAAUACUGCAAAAGCCACAUUGAAUUCAAACCAGCAAUUGUAAGGGACAGCCCCGAAAAGGUUCUCAGUCCACCAAUUAGCUGUGAGACCUUGAGAAGAGUCCAGAGGAUAGACUAUGCACCUAGAUCACAAUUCUUGCGCAAUGUACAGAGCAAAGUUUCCUUGUUGCACCCUGUAGCAGCUGGAGAUUGCCCUCAGUUGUGUUCUAGGUCGCCAUGUUGCAGCAAAGUCAUCUCCAAAAACAAAGAAUCACAAACAAUUGACAAUGUAACGAAGUCCAAAUCGAUAUCCGUGAGAACAAACGUUAGCGACGAAGAGGAAAAUCCAGAGACUUCGAGGCAAUCGAGACCAAAACAUGUGACUAAGCGAACCCUAACUUCUAAGAAACCUGUACCUGACAUAAGUAAAGCUAAAUCAAGUUCGAAAGCGUCGUCGAAGAGUAAGAAAACGAUACAAUCGGUGGAUAAAGAGUGUCCCUGUUGCUACAGUAGCAAGGUGGGACAAGCAUCCAGAUUUGCUUCGGGCAAACAUAGUAUUGACUCAGAAGAUUAUCAGCACACUGUUUGCGUUAGUAAUUUGGACCAAGUAGGAAGCAUUAAGCAGGCAAUUUCCGAUAAUGAACUGAAGGAGCUGAGGAAAUUCCGUGAACAGAACUAUUUCGACACUCACGGGUCCAGCCACACUCUUCAUUCAUCCAAAUCCUCCGGUUCACUGGAGCAGUAUAUACUGAAUGAUCGGCUAUUCCCUGAGCCAUCGAGGACAAUCCACAAGAAAGACUUGGUCGUGACGAUGCCGGCUUGCGCCACGCUACAGAAAAAGCGGAUACAUUAUUUUCCACGUUACAUCGUUCGCCAAGAGAAAACUAAUUGCAACAACAAGAAAAAACGUUGUCAGACUUGCCCGUUGACUGGGCAUGCCAUCGAUCUUGGCGUCGCAAAGGUACGACCGCCGUUAAAUAGCCUAGCCUUGAAAUAUCAAAAACGAUUGCCGUGAGAAAAAGCAAUUCGACGACUAAUAAUCCUUUGUCGUAUCAUUAUCGAACGAAAGAAGAUAUGUAUACGUGAUUCAAGUUCGUAUUUACAAUUGCAAGAAUCUCACGUCGAACCAAAUUAGACGAGGAAAUUACUUAGCUCAAAUUUGUUUAAUUUUGUAUAGAGUUUGGAGUUAUUCAUUGUAUCAAUAAAAAAUUGUUUCUCCGUAAAACUAAUGUAACCUUGGGAUGUACCGUUGAUGGAAUAAAUAUGGUGGCU